AUGGAGAAAUACUUGCCUCUGAUCAAUGAAGAUGAAGAAGGGUUUGAGAGGAGCCAGCUAGCUUGGAAGCGAAAAAGUCGAGGCUGCUAUCAGAUCCGCCUUUCCACAGCCAUACUCAGCCUGAUCCUCGUCAUUUCAUUAAGCUGCAACUUGUUCUUCAUAUUACCCUUACCGAACUCUGCAAAUUCUGAGACGUCCAGCAUCUCACCGCAAGGCACGCGCUGGGCUGGACUGGUCCGCAACGUAUCUGUUCCUAUUUACUCUAGUACCGAGUAUGGCCCAGCAGUGGGGACCCAGGAAGAGCGAGACGCGCUGUGGGGAGCACUGGACAUAAGUCCCGGAACGAUCGCUCUUUCGGACGAGUUUGCCGCGCAGAACGGCCUGCCACGUUCCCAACGGUUCCCUUGGGAUCAAUCCAAAGGAAUUUACAUCAUCGGUGCAUUCCAUCAAAUGCAUUGCCUUAUCAAGAUCCAAAAGUUCACGUCAGCGGCCCAUCGGGGCGCGCCACUGGAAGAUGACAACCUCUACCACCACGUGGAGCACUGUCUCGACGGCCUCCUGCAGGACGUCUACUGCCACGCCGACGACACGCCCUGGUUCGAACUGCCGCCCAAACCGUUCCGCCAGGGUUACGACCCCUUCCAGACCCGGCAGUGCAGGAACUGGGACCGGCUCGUGGACUGGGCCGCCGGGUACGACGCUUGCUAUCGGGACGACAACGUUACGGACGUGAACGGGAGGGAGGUCGAGAGUGAGUACGAGCACUAUACGUUUUGCCCGGAGGGUUCGGAGUAUGUGCCCGAGAUGGAACGGUAUUACAGGGAGCACGAAUUGCACAGGACUGGGUUUGUAUUCGGCGCGGAGCGGGACUCGGAGGAGUGA